GCAGAGUUACGCUACCAGGACAAAAUUCUUUGUCGGAAAAGAACGUUGGUGUGCCGAGCAACAGAUGGUGAUCAGUCCCAAUCUUUGGAUCGAAUAUUUUUUUCUUAGAGUAGAAAUUAAAUUAUGGCCAUGCGAUACCAAAUGCUAAAGGUGGAAAGCAACAGCUGAACGACAAGAACAAGCUCUACAAGGACAUGGUUUUGAACGAAGCCACGCACGAAGUUGCCAAAACACUUUCCUCUCUGCUGCUACCAUGAGGCUCUCCAUUUGGAUCUUCUUCCACUUCUUGUCAUACUUCCAUGUUACCCUCUCUGCUCCUCAACAGUAUACCUCAAUAUUUAAUUUUGGGGACUCCCUAUCUGACACCGGUAACUUGCUGAUCAUCUUAAAUGCUACUGUCGUGCCAAGCGGCAGCCUCCCUUAUGGCAUGACCUUCUUUGGUGGUCCUACGGGUCGUUUUUCUGAUGGACGGUUGAUCAUAGACUUCAUUGCUGACGCUUUUGGGCUCCCAUUCCUUCCGCCAUUCGUAGCUCGCGGCCGACACUUCCGCCAAGGAGCGAAUUUUGCUGUCUCGGGUGCCACAGCACUCGACAUCGAAUUCUUCCAACAGAGACGCCUUGGUAAUCUCGCCGGGGUCAAUGAGUCCUUGAGCGUCCAGCUUCGGUGGUUCGAGGGGAUGAAGCCUUCCCUCUGCAACUCAACUAAAAGCUGCAGGGACUACUUCAGCAAAUCCCUCUUCAUGAUCGGAGAGCUUGGGGUGAAUGAUUACAUCACUCCCUUGAGAGCAAGGAGGAGCUUGAAGGAAGUGAGAUCAUACGUGCCCAAAGUCGUAGAAAAAAUUUCGAUGGCCACCGAGAGAUUGAUCGAACUCGGGGCAGCGGAUCUGAUGGUGGCGGGGAUUCCACCCAUGGGAUGCUUUCCGGUGUGCCUCACGCUUUUAAUGAGUCCGAACAAAGAAGACUACGAACCUGGCACUGGAUGCCUGAAGGAGGUGAACAAUUUGACGAGAUACCACAAUAGGCUGCUGCGUCGCUCAUUGGAUCAGCUCCGGAUCAAAUACCCACGGUUACGGCUCACUUAUGCGGAUUACUAUGGUGCAGCAAUUCGACUGGCUAGCAAUCCAAAACGCUAUGGAUUCAGCAAUGGAGCUUUAAGAGCCUGCUGUGGUGGCGGCGGGCCAUAUAACUUUAAUUCAACAGUGUUUUGCGGUCAACCAGGUUCUACCGUUUGUAAAGAUCCCUCAACUUACGUAAGUUGGGAUUCCAUCCAUUUAACAGAAGCUGCCUACCAUUCCAUGGCCAUGGGUUUGCUCCAAGGUCCUUAUGCUGACCCGCCCUGGUGCGGACACCAGUGCCAGGUCAGCAAUCAUUCGAGUCGAUCAUCGCUACGGGGUUCAGCCAGUUCAGCUAGUUCAGCUAGUUUGAUUUUAUUUUGGGUUGAUUUUAUGUUAUUUUAUUUAAUGCCGAUUGGGCUUGUUUGCAUAUUAUCAUUUUAGAACUUUUAUUGGAUUAUUUUUAUUAGAGGUUUUUUUUGUUAUUUUGUGACUAUGGCCCAUGCAAUUGUUUAAAGCUAUACUAUGAUGAAUAAAAAUCGAUUUUCUUUCUUUGAGCGCUAGCAUGUGAAA